AUGGACGACGAUCUAAAGGGUUUAUUAGUCGCCAAAGCGGCGGUCCAGAGAUGUAGUUAUGAAGUGACGGCUGUGACUCAUGCGGCCCUAAGCCUACUGGAGCAGAAAGAUGAAAGGGAAAGACCAUAUGAUAUGGUCUUAGCUGAUGUGCACAUGCCUGUGAUGGAUGGCUGUGAACUCUUGCGACGUGUUAAUGGAGAGUUUAAUUUACCCGUUGUCCUGAUUUCUGCUGAUGAUAUGACGAAUGUUAUCCGCAAAGGGCUUCGACUAGGGGCACUUGCAUUCGUGGUAAAGCCAAUGAUAAUUGAUCAAGAAAAAUUAAUGUGGCAACAUUGCAUAACAUGGAAGAAUAGGGAAAGACAUGCUUGGAGACAAUUCAAUCAAGCUAAUAUACCCAGAAUAAGCAUUUUCUCGUCUUCUAGUUCUGGUUCAACUAUGGAGGAUUAUAACCCUAGCGAAAGGAUAGGUAACAAAGCUAAUUGGAUCUCAAACCUCCACAAUCGUAUUGUGGAAGUUCUGUUAAUCCUUGGUCCUAAAGAGUCUGUUACAAAAAAAACUGUUGAAAUGACGAAUGUACCAUGGCUAACCAGGGAACAAGUGGCUAGCCACCUUCAGAAAUUCCGGAAGUUUUUGGAUAAGGUUAUGGAUGGUACGACAAGUUUUGAACAAGGUAGAAAUCAGUGGGUCGACUAUCAUUAUUACUCGAGCAUUGUCGGUGGAAAUCCAAACCAGAUUUUGCUUGGCUGGUAUAUUACAAUGUCGAUUACAAACAACCAUGCCUCUUCUUCUAUGAAUGUAGCUACACUGACACCAGAAUUUGGUGGAGUGGCUUUUGAAAGUGCUGAGAACGUAGUUACAACUGUACAGGGGAUUGGUGGUGUACCCUUUGGAAGUGCUGGACAUAUGAAUGUGGAAUAUCAGAUGAGCUCUUAUGAAAAAUUAACACGGAUUUUGAUUUAG